GAGGGCGCCACGUAAGGCGCCGAGAGGGAGCAGGAGGAGGACUCGGGGGAAGCUAGCGCGCGCCGGGAGCUGACGCAUGCGCACAGGCCACAGCGCCCGUUCAUCUCCCGUCUUUCUGGGCCAGGGGCAUCUGUUGGACCCAGCGGAGGGCGUGAUGGCGGUGGGGACGGGCACGUCGCUGGCGCUGUCCUCCCUCCUGUCCCUGCUGCUCUUCGCCGGGAUGCAGAUGUACAGCCGCCAGCUGGCCUCCACCGAGUGGCUCACCAUCCAGGGGGGCCUGCUCGGCUCCGGCCUGUUCGUCUUCUCGCUCACUGCCUUUAAUAACCUGGAGAAUCUGGUCUUUGGCAAAGGAUUCCAAGCAAAGAUCUUCCCGGAGAUUCUCUUCUGCCUCCUGUUGGCUCUUUUUGCAUCUGGCCUCAUCCAUCGAGUCUGUGUCACCACCUGCUUCAUCUUCUCCAUGGUUGGUCUGUACUACAUCAACAAGAUCUCCUCCACUCUGUAUCAGGCAACCACUCCAGUCCUCAUGCCAGCCAAGGUCACUGGCAAGAGCAAAAAGAGAAACUGACCCUGAACACCAAUAAAGUUGAUUGUUUGUA